AUGCUGCUUCUACUAGGCAUCACCCUAUGCUGGAAGGAGUCGAGGAGAAGCAACCUGUUGGAUGCUCGAAGCUCCCUCGACGCGCCCAGGGCCCAGCGAUCCCGGCAGCCGGAGGCCCGUUACGGGAAGCGCCUCUUCUCCCGUCUGCCACGCCCCCGGGGGGCGAACGUCACCGCCCUGCCCACCAAUGGCGGCCGGCGCGAGGCGCUGGGGCUGUGGGAGCGGGCUGUCAGUCAGUCAGAGUGCGGGGAGGCGCCUGAGGCGAGGUGGCUGUUGCGGUUUCGAGAGGCCCGGCCAACGGUCGGGGGGCCCCGCGGCCGCCUCCGGGCUCGCGUGGAACGUGGCGGCCGGCCGGGAGUUUUAUUUGUUUCAGAUGGACUUUUGCCGCAUUGUGGCCAAAUCACCCCUGAGUCUCCAGUGGUACCAAUUGGCUCCAAUUUCACAGCAAUAUGUGUUCUCAAUGACACGUGUAAGAAUAUUUAUGGCAAUGUUCAUGCCGAUCAGAUAAUCUGGAAGACUAGAAGUGAGGUGGUUCCCAAGGAACAAUAUAGCGUAAUAAACCGCACUGCUUCUCGUGUGACGUUUAACGACACCUCUACAUUGGCUUCUCCUUUGACUUGCAACAUCUUAGUAGCAGGCAACAUUGAACAGAACAUCUAUGGAAUUCAAAUUCAGUUGGGCUUACCCCCAGAGAAGCCUAAGAAUUUUACUUGCGUUGUGAGUCAAGUAGACAAGGACAAAUACACUCUGACAUGUACCUGGGAACCUGGAUGGAGUACUUUCCUAACCACCAAGUAUUAUUUAAAACAUCGGUGGGACAAUGAGGACUUUCCUGACUGCAUCCCCAGCGGCGUAAAUAACACUUGCACCAUUGAAAAUGUUUUAUUGUUUGUCAACCUUAAGGUGUGGUUGGAAGCCAAGAAUGACCUUGGGACGGCUGAAUCUGAAAACAUUACAUUUGAUCCUUCAACAUGUGUGAAACUUCUACCUCCACACAAGGUUUUAGUUGACAUAAGUGAACUUUCCACAGUUCUGAAACUGUUGUGGGAAGAUCGGUUUGCUUCAGAGUUGGACUUGGAAUAUAACAUUCGGUACAAAGUCAUUGACAGUUUGGACUGGCUAGAGGUUCCUCCUGAAGACACGGCAACACGGAGAACUUCUUUCAUUCUCCAAGAUUUGAAGCCCCAUACCAAGUAUGUUUGUCAGCUGCGUUCUAAGAUUAAAGACCGGAUACACACGACACGGAGUGAAAACUGUCCAUCUCGUUGGAGUGACUGGAGUAAAGAAGCCGUUGGGAUCACCGCUGAAGAUAAACCAUCUAAGGGGCCAGCUUUGUGGAGAAAGAUCAUUGCUUCUCCUUCACCAGGAAACAGAACAGUGCUGCUCACCUGGAAGGAGUUGGAUCCUUCUGUCGCCAAAGGAAUAAUUUUAAGGUAUGAAGUAAUCGUCACGGCAAAGCCGCCGCUUUCUUUGUCAUCUGAGUUCUUCAGUUUGAACACCACCCAGCUGGUUCUUAGUAUACAGAAUGGGACGUAUGAAGUACGAGUCACAGCAUAUAACAGCGUUGGCUCAUCUCCUGCAUCACUUUUGAUUAUCCCAGCACCUAACUCAAAAGGCCUUUCAGCUCCUGUGAAAGAUGUUAAAGCGUUUCCUAAAGGUGAAAGGCUCUGGGUGGAGUGGACGGCUGCCAAUGAUUAUGCCAAUAAAUACAUAAUUGAAUGGUGUGAACAGUGUGACAGCUCAAGUUGCAGUUUUGAAUGGCAGCAGGAACCUGGAACAGCACAAGGCUCAUUUUUAAGAGGAAAUAUAAAGCCACUCAAAUGUUACUUGAUAACCGUGUAUCCGUUAUAUGCCAAUGGUCCAGGAGUUGGAAAAUCAACAGAAGCUUACCUUCGACAAGGUGAGCCGGCAAAAGGUCCCAGUGUUCGAACAAAGAAAGUUAGGAAAAAUGAAGCCGUUUUAGAAUGGGUUCCUCUUUCUGUGGCAGAACGGAAUGGAUUCAUCAGAUAUUACUCAAUAUCUUAUAAACUGGGGAAUGGAAAUGAAACAGUUAUUAAUGUGGACCCCUCCACAACAGAAUAUACACUAUCAUCCUUAUCAAGUGACACUUUGUAUAUGGUACAGAUGGCAGCAGUCACAGAGAAGGGAGGAAAACGUGGUCCCGCUUUCACAUUUACUACUCAGAAGUUUGGGGAAGGAGAAAUUGAAGCAAUAGUUGUCCCUGUGUGUCUAGCAUUCCUGCUACUUACUCUCUUGGGAGUGCUGUUCUGCUUCAACAAGCGAGAUGUCAUCAAGAAGCAUAUCUGGCCGAAUGUGCCUGAUCCUUCCAAGAGUGUAAUUGCUCAGUGGUCACCUCAAACACCAUCUAAGCAUUUUAAUUCCAAAGAACAGAUAUAUCCAGAAGGCAGCUUGACAGAUGUCAGCGUGGUCGAAAUUGAAGCUGAUGACAAGAAAUCCUUUUCUGAACAGGACCUGAAGCCUUUUGACUUGCUUAAAAAGGAGAAAAAUGCCUCUGAGGGCCACAGUAGCGGUAUAGGGGGGUCCUCCUGCAUGUCAUCUCCUCGACAGAGCGUUUCGGACAGUGAUGAAGGUGAACCUGCUCAGAACACUUCCAGCACCGUGCAGUAUUCAACCGUAGUGCUCAACGGCUACAGAGACCAGAUACCUUCAGUUCAGACCUUUUCCAGGUCCGAAUCUACCCAACCCCUGCUGGAUUCAGAGGAGCGGCCAGAAGAGCAGCACGUAGUGGUCAGCGGUGGCGGCUCAACCCCGGCACACCGCUAUUUCAAACAGAAUUGUAACCGGGAGGAGCCCUUCGUCGACGAGUCUCAUUUAGAAGGAGUAAAACCAAUUUCUCCAAUAAAUGAAGAAGAUGCUGCCGGACUUCAGGCCCCACAAGCGUGUGGCUCCAUCCCAGAAAGAGAGGAUCAGGAAGCUGCUUUAGCAGGCGUCUUCCACCCAAGCCCUGAAGGACAAACUCGGCAGUUUGAAACUUUGGGCAUAAAGGCAGUAACUGAGGAUGAGAUGCCAAAAUGUUAUCUACCACAGACUGUGAGGCAGGGUGGUUACAUGCCCCAGUGACUAAGAGAGAGUGCCUCUUGCUAGGC